GAUUUAUAGGUCAGAGAACUUUUCACACACAGUAUAUCCAUUUAUUGGAGUAGUAGUCCACAAACUUUCAAGUGUGUAAGAACCAAUAGGCUUGCUAAAACUACAGACUCAAGCUCUAACUGUACAGAAUUUGAUUCAGUAGGUCUGGGUAACACUAUAUUGCUUAGAUCUGGAAAAGAGAAGGGAAUGAGUAAAAAGGCCUAGGGAAUUAAAAAAACUAGGGAUUGCAUUUUUAAAUAUGCCAUAUGAUUCUAUUUGCCAUAUGAUUCUAUUUGUCUCUGUUUAUAUUUAAUGAUAUUUUGAGUAUCUUAACUGCCUUCUUAUAGGAAAUGCUUGAAUAGAAGCAUUCUUUUACUACUCAUGUGAAGCCACACCUAGCCAAUCUCCAAAUGGUACUGGGUUGUUGGUUUUUUCCUGUGAUGUAUCUGUUAUAGUCAUUCCUUCUGAUCCCAUUACAAUUCAGCUCUACCCUCUUAUUCCCCCAGUUCAGGCCUUAUGAGCUCAUACUUGGCCUUGGUUAGAUUUUGCUGAGCUAGUAACACCACACCCCAAAAUGUCAUGACUUAAAACAAUAGCCAUUGAUUUAGUCCUUGAUUCUGAAGGUCUCUGAUUUGUGGCUGGGCUCAGAAGGGCAGCUUUUCUGGUCUUGCCUGAGCUCACCCAUACAUCUGUGGUUAGCUGGGACAGCUGCUCCAAGUGGCCUCUCAUCACCUGGCAGCGUAGCCUGGGCUCACUCACAGUGGGGCAGGACAGGGCCAAGUGCAGCAGGAGCGCAACCCCAGUGUAGACGCUUUUUUAGACCUCUGCUACAUAACCUUUUUCUAACGUUCCAUUAGCCAAAGCAAGUCAUAGAACUCACCCAGACCCAGUGGAUGGAGGAAUCAACUUACUGCCUGCCUCUUAAUGCAAGAUCUACCAUGUCACAUUGAAAGAGCAUGAACAGAGGGAGAAAACUCUGUGCUCAUUUUCACAGUCUACUGAAUUAUCCUGUCUCUUCCUUGCAAGAUUUUCUGGCUGCAGGCUUUUGCUGUUCCAACCAAUCCUGCUUCCUGCUGUCACAUUCAUUUUCCUUAAACACUUUUCAUUUACAUCCCUGUUCAAAAACACCCAGAGUCUUCCUCUUUUCCCCACCUUGCCAGCUAUAAACUCUUCUGCCUAGCGUCAGAGGUCUCCUUAAACUAGCCUGACUCUAAAAGCAGAGCACAUAAUACAGGGAAAAAACAACCAGCAGCAAUCAAGAGAGGCCUGGGCACUAGGUCCCGCUUGGUCACACUAGCUUUUAACUUCUCUGGGCUUCCUAUUCUCCAUCUAUAAAAUGAGGGAGUUUGGAUUAAAUCUGAGAGGUAUUUUUUGGAUUCAAGAUUCAGGCUGAGUGUACCUACACCAAUUUAUUUCCAUUUACUCCCUAAAUAAACUUUCGACCCUAUUAAGACCUAGUUUCUUAUUUUCCUACUGGACAUCCAUGCUUGGGUUGCUCUUUGUGCUUUCAUUCCCUGCGUUUUCUCAAUCCAGAAUUGCCCUUUGCUUUCUGUACUGUUUGCUUUAAAUUCUGCCCGUCCCUUGUCUUUGUUAAUCUCUGCCAUUCAACUUGACACUUUAUUAUCUCUUACAUUAUUCAAUAUCUCAGUUGGUAGUCUUAUUGACCAGCUUAUAAACUCAUUGAAACUGUAUGUUAAUACAUCAACUCAGCACAUCAUAGGUGUCAAGCAAAUAUAUGUAGAUUAAUCCUAAAUUUCCAUCCUAGAAAUUUAGAAAUUUGGAACUUGUUGAUAACUUUUAAAACAAGGAGGAUAAAACUGCUGGAGCAGAGAUGGUGAUGGUGGUGUGGGUGUUUUGAGGCUUUUAUCCUGUUCUUCUGUAACCUGUCACCAUGACCCUGACAAAAGGUUCUUUCACCUACUCCAGUGGGGAGGAAUACCGUGGCGAGUGGAAGGAGGGCCGCAGACAUGGUUUUGGUCAACUGAUGUUUGCAGACGGUGGCACCUACCUGGGUCAUUUUGAGAAUGGGCUCUUUAAUGGCUUCGGGGUACUGACCUUCUCGGAUGGGUCAAGGUAUGAGGGGGAGUUUGCCCAGGGAAAAUUUAAUGGUGUUGGAGUCUUCAUUCGACAUGACAACAUGACCUUUGAGGGGGAAUUUAAAAAUGGCAGAGUAGAUGGUUUUGGCCUGCUGACUUUCCCUGACGGUUCUCAUGGAAUACCCCGCAAUGAAGGUCUGUUUGAGAACAACAAGCUGCUGCGGCGUGAGAAGUGUUCCGUGGUCGUUCAGCGGGCUCAGAGCGCCUCCAAGUCAGCCAGAAAUCUCACUGCGUGACGGGGCUUUUUGCGCCAGCUGACAAGUACUGGGUGAAGCAAAUAUCCCAUUAUUCUCUUGAGGUAAACAAACGAACCAGAUGUGAGAGGCGCUGAGAAUGACUGUGGAGCAGAAGCCUGGAGAUGUGCCCCAUCAGCUGCCAGUCAGGGAUUCGAUCGCAGGGAGGUGCUGAGGAUUCCGGCCCUGGGCCGGGAGCAGUUGUUGCUGUUCAGUCUUUCCCCUUCCUGUGUGUUGGUACUCUGUUGCUGAUGCCUCGGGUACCUGCUGCAGACCCGCUGCUGCCUUCUACUUCAUUUUCUGCCAAGGGAUGCAGAGUGUCGUCAUUCGGCCUGUAUUUGGGGCAGGUGAUCCUUGCUCCUAAUUAGGGCCAGGGCUUUGUGCUACCCUAGAGAAACAAGGAAAAAGGGGUGGUGUAGACAGUACAGCAGUCGUGUGAAUGUCAAGGCCAGAGCUUUCCUGUACAUUAUCUCCUCAUUCGCUGCUGGUUGGCGUCAUGGCUCCAGGUCAUCCACUUUGUCCAGUCAGACUUGUGUUUGUGUCUGUGUAUUCCCCCUGUGAAGGAUUCAACAAGAGUGCUAUUUCCCUCUCCUUUGACUUUAUAAGCUGCCUUCCUUACCUGAGUUCCAGCAGCCACUUUGUGCCCCAUUUGUGCCUCUUUCCUUACUUAGACAUGGGACAGGAUUCCUUUUUGUGAUAGUCAAGAAAGAAACAGAUGUAAACAGUCAUAUUCUAAGUUACAUUUAUUACUUACUCCAGGGCAAAGGGCAGACAUCUCUGGGCCACUUCAGGCCCUACCACAGAGUAAUUCAGUCUUUAGGGAUGGCUUGGGCUGACAUGGCUCCUUCUCAGUGGACCAGUAGGUCAGGCCACCUCAACCCCUUGAGAUUUGGGUAGAAUUGAACCUAUCGUAGGACUGCAGUGAACUGAAAGAGCAUUUGGCUCCUUGCAUGUGGCUCACCAUAAUCUUCUACCGUGAGCUUGGCCAUCAGCCCUGGGGAUCAGAUCUUGACUUAUAACAUCACAGAUGCAUCCAGUUACCCUGUGACCCAGCACAUCCCAUCCCACCCCCAGCCUCUUGCCUCACACUGAAUGUCUCCUUAACAGCAGACUGUGGUGGAAAUUAUAGCCGUGUGCCUCUAUUUAUUCUCUGAAUUGUACUGUAGAAACAAGUGUUGAUGAGGAAUAAACAAAUCACCAGAACUGCU